GAGAGAGAGAGAGAGAGAGAAAGAAAGCCAAUAAUCAUCAUCAUCAUGAAACAACACUCUCUGCAUCAUGCACUCCCAAAAAGCGUAACCAACCAUCAAAACCUUCACCACCUUAAAUCCUCCACUCCACAUUCCCCGCUCAUCCCCCACUCUACCGCCACACACCCCAAACCAUGACCCUUUUCCCUUCCUUCCUCCUCGCCGUAGCCCUCCUCACCACCACCACCGCCGACCCAUCUCCCUCCCUCCAGCUCCUAUCCCUUCUCGCCCUGAAAUCAUCUCUCUCGGAUCCCCUGAAUUCCUUCCAGACCUGGAACGUGACGACGGCGGCGUCUCCUGUGAACGAUUCUUCCCGGCCCGUCGAGUGCUCGUGGCCCGGCGUCGGCUGCAAUCUCCUCGGUAACCGUGUUACCAGCCUCGACCUGUCGGGCCGCCACCUCUCCGGCAGUAUUCCGGCGGAUGUGAAGUAUCUGACCCACUUGACGUCUCUGAAUCUGAGCUGGAAUUCGUUCGAUGGCCCGCUCCCCGGCGCCGUUUUCGAGCUCACGAGCCUCAGAACGCUCGACAUUAACCACAACCAAUUCAACUCGAGCUUCCCGGCCGGAAUCUCGAAGCUCGAGUCCCUCGAGUUUUUUAACGCUUUCAGCAACAAUUUCUCGGGCCCAUUGCCGGAGGAGGUCGUUCUCCUCGAAAACCUAGAGUAUCUCAAUUUGGGCGGCAGUUACUUCGAGGGAGAAAUCCCUUCGAGCUACGGGAAAUUCGCGAAGCUGAGGUCUCUGUAUCUGAAUGGGAACUCGCUGGUGGGCCGGAUUCCGUCCGAGCUGGGUUCCUUGCGCCGGCUCGAGCACGUGGAAUUGGGGUACAAUUUGUAUUCCGGUGAAAUUCCCCUACAACUCUUCAAUUUAUCGAAGUUAAGUUAUCUGGAUUUAUCGGGGGCCAAUUUAUCCGGUCAUCUUCCCAAUGAGAUCGGCAGUGUCGAGAGCCUGCAAUUCCUGUUGUUGUUCAAUAAUAAACUAUCGGGCCCAAUUCCAGCGAGCUGGGCCCGAAUGGUCUCGUUGCAGGUUCUCGAUUUGUCGAACAAUAAUCUCUCAGGUCAAAUUCCAACCGGAUUUUCAGAUUUAAAGGAGCUCACCACGCUGUCCCUGAUGAACAACGAGCUGACAGGGGAAAUUCCAGAAGGAAUUGGCCAGCUCCCAAAUUUAGAAAUACUCUCCCUCUGGAACAAUUCACUUUCUGGUAUUUUACCUCAGAGUUUAGGCUCCAAUGCCAGGCUACAAAAGCUCGACGUGUCCACGAAUUCUCUCUCCGGCCCCAUCCCACCCGAUCUCUGCCUCAGCAACAACCUCGUCAAGCUCGUUCUCUUUUCCAAUCAAUUUUCCGGCCAAAUCCCACCUUCAUUAGCCAACUGCACAGCCCUUUCCCGAGUGAGGAUCCAAAAUAACCAACUCAACGGGUCAAUACCGUCCGGGUUUGGAUCCUUGCCCAACCUCACCUACUUCGAGCUGAGCAAGAACAGACUAUCCGGCUCAAUUCCGAACGACAUCGUGAAUGCCGAGAGGCUACAGUUCCUCAACAUUUCUGAAAACACAUUCGAUUCAAAACUGCCGGAGAACAUAUGGAAAGCCCCAGGCCUACAAAUUUUCUCGGCAAGCUCGGCCAACCUCACUGGAAAAAUUCCGGAUUUCAUCGUGUGCCGAAAUUUCUACAAGAUCGAGCUCGACGGGAACAAUCUCACCGGCGGCAUCCCGUGGGACAUUGGCCACUGCGUAAAGCUAAUCGCCCUAAACCUUCGCCGGAACUCACUCACCGGAAUCAUCCCGUGGGAAAUAUCCACAUUGCCCUCAAUCACAGACGUCGACCUCUCCCACAACUACCUAACCGGAACCAUCCCCUCAAGCUUCGCCAACACCACAACCCUCGAGAACUUCAACGUGUCUUACAAUCAGCUGACGGGCCCCAUCCCAUCCUCAGGCCAGCCAUUCGCAGGCCUCCACCCAUCCUCGUUCGCCGGCAACCAAGGCCUCUGUGGCUCAUCCAUAAACAUACCCUGCAGAACCGGGCUUUCCGGCGGGCCCUCGGCUGAGGCCACGAAUGUCCACCGCAGGCCCAAGAAGACUGCCGGUGCCAUUGUCUGGAUUGUGGCAGCCGCUUUCGGAGUCGGGCUUUUUGUCCUGAUUGCCGGCGGGCGAUGCUUCCGGGCAAAGUACGGGCCGAAGCUUCCGGGCUCGGGCCGCCGGGAAGUUGGGCCUUGGCGGCUGACCGCCUUCCAGCGGCUCAACUUCACGGCAGACGAUAUCUUGAACUGCCUCGACUCGAGUGACAAGGUUCUCGGGAUGGGGUCCACUGGCACGGUUUACAAGGCCGAGAUGCCAGGUGGCGAGAUCAUAGCCGUGAAGAGGCUGUGGGCGAAGAACAAGGAGAAUAUCCGGAGGCGGAGGAGUGGGGUUUUGGCCGAAGUCGAUGUUUUGGGGAAUGUGAGGCACCGGAAUAUCGUGAGGCUUUUGGGUUGUUGCAGUAAUAAUCAGUGCACGAUGUUGCUGUACGAAUACAUGCCGAACGGGAGUUUGGACGAUCUUUUGCACGGGAAGAACAAAGCGGAGAAUUUGGUGGCGGAUUGGGUGACGAGGUACAAGAUAGCGUUAGGGGUCGCGCAGGGGAUAUGCUAUCUUCACCAUGACUGUGACCCGGUGAUCGUGCACCGUGACUUAAAGCCGAGUAACAUACUCUUGGAUGCUGAGAUGGAGGCCCGCGUGGCUGAUUUUGGAGUCGCCAAGUUGAUCGAGAGCGACGAGUCCAUGUCUGUGAUCGCAGGGUCGUACGGGUACAUUGCACCAGAUUGUUUGGGAUUAGUUGUUGAAAAUUUGAGUUAUGGGAAUGCAACUGGAAUUGCAUUUUUUGAGGCCGCCCCACAAUUUGGUGUGGUAAUAAGAGUAAACAAGACUCGUGAAUACGCUUAUACUUUACAAGUCGACGAGAAGAGCGACAUCUACAGCUACGGAGUCGUGCUGAUGGAGAUUCUCACGGGAAAAAGAUCGGUGGAUGCAGAAUUCGGGGAUGGAAAUAGUAUAGUGGAUUGGGUGAAGUCGAAGAUGAAAGUGAAAAGUGAUUUGAUUGAUGUGUUGGAUAAGAAUGCAGGUGCAUCUUGUGCUCCAGUGAGGGAGGAGAUGAUGCUCCUCCUCAGGGUCGCGUUGUUGUGCACGAGCCGUAAUCCGGCCGAACGCCCCUCAAUGAGAGAUGUUGUGUCGAUGUUGCAAGAGGCCAAGCCCAAGCGAAAGUUGGCCGGAGGUGAUGGAGGAUUAAUGGGUUGUGAUUAUGAUGACGUGAUUGGGGAUAGAGAUUAUCAAGAUGUUAAAAAAUCGACCGUUGAAUGUUGAUAUAUAUUUGGAUUUUUUUUUUUUCGGGUUUUAUUCUUUUUCUUUUUUCUUUUACAUUUUCUUUUUGGGUGUGUUUUGGAAUUAAGAUUGUGGUUAUUGGUAUAGAAGAAGUUGUUUUUAUGUAUCUAGUUUGAUUUAUGAGCUAUUCAAGCGUAGGCAUUGACAUUGACAAUGGGUUGAUAAAGUACUAGGAUUUGUUAUUCAUGAUUAGAGCUGUUACGCUCGUGAGUUCAGUUCGAUUCGACUUGGUUCAAUUCGUCGAGGUUCGAGUUUUGUUCUGCUCAUUUGAUGAAUGAGCCGAACUCGAACUCACUUAAAACUUCUUUCGUUAACGAGUCGAACUCGACUUGGCUCGUUAAGGUUUAAAAAAUGUUUUCUAUAUAUUUUUUAUAGUUUGGCUUGUUAAAGUAGAGGUCAACUCGUUAAAGCCCGAACUCGG